AUAAAACUGUCAAAGAGGUUUAUUUCGUGGAAAAAGAAGCCGUCUGUCGUAUCCUGUUUUAAUAACUCCUGAAAAUAUAAAAAAAAUUAUUAAAUUUUAUAGUGCUCUGCAAUAUUUGGUGAAAACACGUUUUUUUUUGUUCUUCUGAAACUGUUUGCUAAGAGUUUCGGAGAAGACGCGGCAGCUUAAGAUGAAUCGCAACUCGAAGCUUAAAAGAUUUUACAGAUAUCGGAGCUACAAAAGGAAGCUCGAAGGUGGCGGAAAUGGAAACUCUGAUCAAUCAAGCAAUUCCAACAAGCAGGCAAAGCAAGAACGAAUCCACGAAGACGCGAGUAUCCCAUCCAUCGCAAUUGGGGUUGUCCCGUAUGACUAUCCGAGCCAAUUGCUGGAUAUAGAGGAGGCAAGGCAGAUCCGAAGUGCGGUGUUGAAAGAAAUGGUAGCCCAACGGGCUACCAAUCCGAUCAAGCCUCAGUUCACUAGGAACGCUAUCCUCCGCACGGGUUGGAUGGUAUUUCACUGUGCCGAUGAGGGAACGGCUAAGUGGAUCGAGGAACUGGACUACUGGGGUACAGUUAACUGUAACGCGGUAAGAGAAUCUGACAUCCCCAGUGGACUUUCGGUGGUGGGAAGUUUCCCACAAAGUGCUGAGGACACAACGGAGUUCAUUCUGGGAAUGAUAGAGGCACAGAAUGAUCUGCCCAGUUCGAAAUGGAAGCUGCUGAAUCGUAAUAAUGGUGGAGAUGUGGCCAUUCUUACCCUGGAGGUGGACAAUUUCUCCUGGCAGAAGCUUGAGGAGAAAAAGUUUGAGAUCACUUUCAAGUACGGUCAGUUGCACUUCAAGCCGGGUGGUAAGAGGAAUUAGGAUGCUGCGAGGGAUUUAUUCUAGUAGAUGUACGGUAGGGAUGUUCAACAAUACUGUUAAUUCAUUAAUUAAUUUUUCAAAGGGCUAAUUGAAGGGCGACGAAGUUUGUCGGCACCUUCAUCCCGUCAAAAGAAUUAAUUUUGAAUUAACAUUAAAUAUCAUCAUUUUUGGGUGAACAAUGUUUGGGAAGUAGGAUUUUCAAUAAUUUGUAAACACUCCCUAAUACAUAGAAAUGGAUUUUAUUUUUUAAGCUCUAAGUCACACCGUACAUAUUGCUGUUUUCUUGAAAAUAAAAUUAACUGAAUUGACCCU